AUGCUUCGCACAACUAUCCUCACCGCCUGCGUCCUCACUCUCGCAGGCACCGCCUCCGCCGGCCCCGUCGGCUACGGCAUUUGCCAAGCAGGAUGCGCCGGCGUAGUCAUGGCUUGCUAUACAGCGGCAGGCUUCACCUGGGGUGCGACGCUGGGCGCCAGCGCUCCGCCCACCAUCAUCGCAUGCAACACUGCGUUUGGAUCAUGUCAGGCGGCGUGUGCUGCUAUAUUGCUGGCGCCAACUCCGUGA